AUGGAGUCCGUGGCCAGCAUCUUCCGAGUCGUGGCAAAGAAUACAUGUGGAUUACUGUGGUCCAUUCUUCAACAAGUAUUACGCAUUGGUGAUCGUCGAUUCCUAUUCCCGUUGGCCAUAAGUCGUCACCUUGGUACGCUUCGGUACUAUCUAGUACCCCGAUUCGCCAAUAAACGUCUACGACUCCCACGAGCGUUUUUGUCUACUUCGGGCAACGAGACACUAGGAGGUCGCGCGCAUAUUGAGACUCGUAAGAAGACUUCCCGGCAGGCCGUCAACACCGAUACUGAAGAGGCUACUGAGGGACAAGGUGGUGGUUCAUGUUGCGCUCCACCAUCUGCUAUCAGCUAUCCAGCACGGGUUCGUGAGGAAGAGAUCGUGUAUCGCGAAUCUACUGGUGGUUUUAAAUGA